GUAAAUUCACGUUCUUUAUAAUUAAUAUGACCAUUGGCCCAUACUUCUCAUUUAGCAAAUACAUUGUUGGUGUAUGUUGUUGUUAGACAUAAAUGUAAAUUCCAAUGUGAACGUUUUUAAGUAAUUGUAUAUAGUUUUUACAUAUUUAUUCCAAAAUGGAUAUGCGUGAUAUAUUUGUGAAAUUAGUGAAGGGCGCUAAGUUCACUAAAAAGAGAACCAAUUCUAAUUCACAUAUGUCUCGAACUCAGGUCACAAAAGUUGAACCUAAGACGGCAGUAAAGUCAGAACCGGUAGAAAGUGUCGAAAGGCCGGAUUCAACAAAUUGCAUAGAUGAAGAAAAUAGUGACAGGACCAUUUCUUUAUUGGGUUCUAUUUCAGCAACUGAAAACGGUAAUAUCAUGAGACGUAAAAGGAAAAGGAAGGUAAUAACCGAAGAACUGCAGGACAAAUUGAAGCAAGAAGAGAUUAAUCAUUACAGAAAUUUAAAUCUUAUAAGUGUGGUUGGAAGAAAUGUUCCAGCUCCCAUUAAGUGUUUUGAAGAAUUGAAAUCAACGUAUAAUGUUGACUCAUUGCUUAUGCAAAAUUUGCAAAGCUGUGGAUAUGAUGAUCCGACAGCUGUACAAAAGCAAGCAAUGACGGCUAUGCUUGAGAAACGACAAAUUCUGUGUUGUGCUCCUACAGGGUCUGGAAAAACUAUGGCCUUUAUGUUGCCUCUUCUAAAUCAUUUAGGAAGAGCUGAAAAACGAGGUUUUAGGGCUGUGAUUCUUUGUCCAACCCGAGAGUUAGCAAAACAAAUAUUAAGAGAAUGUUUACGUCUCAGUGAUGGUACUUCUCUUAAACCUCAUUUUAUUUACAAAGUCCAGCAGGAAGCAAAAAGAUACAGUGCUAAAACAUUCAUGAAGUUUGAUCUAUUGAUUACAACACCUAAAAGACUUUGUUUCAUGUUGAACCAAGAUCCGGUCUUAAUUUCCUUGGAAAAUGUUGAGUGGUUAGUAAUCGAUGAAGCGGAUAAGUUAUUUGAGACUGGUAUUCGAAGUUUCCGAGACCAAUUAGAUAAGAUUCUCUUAGCAUGUUCUAAUAAAAAUAGAAAAAUAGCCCUAUUUAGUGCCACUCAAACUCCAGCUAUUUCCAAAUGGGCCAGGCACAAUAUGAAAGGUCUCAUUAAUAUCACAAUCGGACAAAGAAAUUCAGCUGCUGAUACAGUUGACCAAGAGCUACUUUUUGUAGGUGAUGAGAGUGGAAAAUUAUUAGCAGUUCGAGAUUUGAUACGAAAAGGCAUCAAGCCACCAGUAUUGGUAUUUGUACAAAGUAAAGAACGUGCUCAGGAGCUUUUUACUGAACUUAUCUAUGACGGGAUAAAUGUAGAUGUUAUCCAUGCUGACAGGACGGAGACACAAAGAGAUAACACAGUGCGUGCAUUUAGGGAAGGUCGUGUAUGGGUCCUGAUAUGUACCGAAUUGAUGGGCCGAGGAGUAGAUUUUAGUGGGGUCAAUUUGGUACUGAAUUAUGAUUUUCCUACUUCGGCCAUCUCUUAUAUUCAUCGUAUUGGUCGUACAGGCAGAGCUGGUCAGAGAGGAAAAGCUAUUACAUUUUAUACUCAAAAUGAUGUUGUUAACUUAAGAAGCAUAGCACGAGUUUUACAAUCAUCAGGUUGCAAAGUUCCAGAGUAUAUGUUAACACUUAAAAAGACUUCAAAGAAAAAUAAAAAAUUAUUAAAAACAUCUGCACCAAAGAGAGAUGGAAUUCUUACCAUUCCAAAUUAUGAAAAAACUAAAAUUAAGAGGAAAAGGCAGCGUUUAGAAAAAGCAAAAUUAGAAAUAGUUGGAGUUUCAUCAUCAGAUGAGGAAACUUUAUCCAAACCCAGGAGGCCCAUGAAAAGACCAAAAAGUAGCAAAAAUUUAUCAGCAAAAGGCAAAGAACAAAGUCAAAGUUUUAAGCACAAAAAAAUCCAGAAGAAAAAUACCGACGAUCAAACUAAGCACCAAAAUAAUAAUGGUUGUGUCAGUAAAUAGAUUUUAAGUCUUGUGAUGUUACUAUUAACUUCCCUAUUUUGUUAUAAAGAGACAUAGAAUAAUCAUGAUUAC